ACAUGCAUGGUGAUGCAGUCGAAGAACAAAGUUGUCGAGUCACAACGUGGUGCCAUACACCAUACGGGAAAAGAAGCAUAUAAUUGUGCGCGGUAUAGCUGAGCCAAGUUGGAAUCUGAAACGUGAAGAGGUCGAAUCGAGGUUGGCGGCCCGUGAUGUGGCAUGUCGUUGUUGGCAUCAGCUCAGCCUUGUCGACCUAUAUUUGGCCCAAUAUCACGAGGCUAGACAUGGUCGCGCGAGAGAAAACCUGGUGGUCUCGAAUGCAUUCCUUCUUUCUCGUUCAUGUGAUAUGGAUUGUUGACAACAGAUCAAGUUUUGAUUGUCUGCCUUCCAUGAUUGUUGUUGACUUUGACUUCCAUCUUGUUCUUGUUCUUGUUCUUGUUCACGCCAUGAGGUCGCUCUUGCUCGGUACAGUACAGCAAACGGUCUCGCCAAAGGGUCGUCCUUCCCAAUCGGAUCCAAUCCCACUCUCGUUUAGACUCAAGAUCAAGAUGCUGAUUCUCACGCCCUGUCGUUUGCAUCCUUCCAAGAAAAAGAGAAAUCCUGUCACUCAUUCACACUCACACUCACACUCACUUCUCAGCUGCCAUCAUCCCAGGCAGAAUCAAACCAGGCAACGGGAAUCUUGAUUAUCGUGACUGUUACACGUCAAACGACUCGUUCAUCUCAUCAUCUCUCACAACCCUGACUCAAAGUCACGUCCAACCUUCUCACCUCGUACCAUGGCCACGAAUGAGGAAUCCCCACGAACGGGGCAAACCCUGGCAAUCAUUGGCUGCGGUUCGUUCCCUCCGCUUCGCCUCCACUGAAUGAAAACUAACCUUAACCCG